AUGCCCCGGUCGUUCCUGGUGAAGAAGGUGAAGCUCGAUGAGUUCCCCGCCGGGCUUGAUGCUCCCUACGGUCGGUCGCGGGCGGAUUUUGGGGCCCGGUUACACGACAAGGGUUACCUCGCCGACUACAUCUCCCCUUCCCCUUUCCCCCCCAACCCUGAGUCCACUCUGAAGGUCCCGUCCUCCCCCACCACCCUCUACCCGGUGACCCGCGCCGACUUCAUCCCGGUAGAUCCUGACCCUCCGGACAGCCCCAACUCCACCACCUUGACUGCCGCCGGCUACAUCAACGGCGACGCCGCCGUCAGCGAGGGCUACGCGGUGGACGCCUUCUUCAUCACCGACGGCAGGUCGCGCCGGAAGGCCACCAACUCCACCGCCAACUCCUCCACUACCGCCUCCUCCUCCUCCUCUUCUUCCUCCUCCUCUUCCUCAUCUGGCCGGAGCCUCCAACGACAUGCCUGCGGAGAAUGCGGCAAAACCUAUGCCACCUCCUCCAACCUCAGCCGCCACAAGCAGACCCACCGCAGCCUGGACAGCAAGAUGGCCAAGAAGUGUCCCACCUGCGGCAAGGUCUACGUCUCCAUGCCGGCCAUGGCCAUGCACCUCCUGACCCACGACUUGAAGCACAAGUGUGAAGUGUGCGGCAAAGCCUUCAGCCGCCCCUGGCUGCUGCAAGGCCACAUGAGGUCCCACACCGGGGAGAAGCCCUUCGGUUGCGCCCACUGCGGCAAAGCCUUCGCCGACAGGUCCAACCUGCGCGCCCACAUGCAGACCCACUCGGCCUUCAAGCACUUCAAGUGCAAGCGCUGCAGCAAGACCUUCGCCCUCAAGUCCUAUCUCAACAAGCACUACGAGUCCGCCUGCUUCAAGGGGACCGGCCCCCCGCCCCUCAGCCCUCUCCACGCGUGA